AUGAGACCCAAAAUAUCGGAUUUUGGAAUGGCAAGGAUUUUUGGUGAUAACCAGCAACAAGCGAAUACUAGGCAUGUUGUCGGGACAUACGGUUACAUGUCGCCUGAAUAUGCGAUGGAAGGCAUUUUUUCUGUCAAGUCUGAUGCGUAUAGCUACGGUGUCUUGCUUCUGGAGAUUGUAAGUGGGUUAAAGAUCAGCUCGCCGCAUCACCUUAUAAUGGAUUUUCCAAACCUUAUAGAUUAUGCAUGGAACUUCCUGAAAGAAGGAAAAUCCGAGGAUUUCCUAGACACAGUGCUUCUGGAGAGCUGCUCACUGCAUCAAGUGUCUCUGUGCAUCCAUAUUGGCCUUCUGUGUGUCCAAGACUGCCCAAGUGCCAGGCCACUAAUGUCGUUAGUCGUGUCUAUGCUGGACAACGAGGCCAUGCCACUCACAACACCAGAGCAGCCGUUAUAUUCCGUCGGGAGGAAACAUGCUGCAGAAGAAGCAAGGGAGAACUCUGUCAACAAUGCAAGCCUGACGACGCUAGCAGGGCGCUAG